UGUUUGUGGUAGUUUAAAAAAUAAAUUUCCGUACUACGGAGGGUACUACCAACAUUUCAGUAGAAAAAGAGCUUCAACCAGUGUCGGAUAAUUCGGAUACGUGGUACCGAAAGCAAGGCAACUACCCCCAAAAACAAGCAUGACUGCCGCAUAGAGUCUGUCUAAUGAAGUGUAGCGCCCAACAACCCUUAGUCCAUCCUGACCAGACGUUCGAAGUGUGUCAUGUAAUGUUUCAGGGAAAUGAGUCAAUUGUGAACGUGGAAAUAAUAAUUAAAGUCGAGAUUUUACAGCGUGUGAAGUAGAUAUAAAACUACCCCCGUAAAAUUUGAUUGAAGGAACGGAAUGUUUAUGGAAUUAUCCUAGUGCUCUGUGGAGUUAUUUUCCGGAUUCUGGUGGUAAAAACUAUCUGAAAUUCGGUGGAAGUGUCAAAGUGAUUCCGUUGAGACUCAGUGAAUGACUUGAAAGGAUAAUACGUGUUUUUUGUGGCGCUGAUUCUAAUAAAAACCUGUCAAAAUGGCAUUCGGAGUUCAAAAUGCGGAUCCCCCAUCAUCGUCAGCAGCAUCAGGCGCCCGUUGCCUACCUCCAGCCUGUGAACAAUAAUGGCAUCAUUAACGCCAACACAUUAUCCGAGUCGGCACAAAUAGCAACAGUGAAUUCAACAAUAUCAUCGUCAUCCCCUUCGUUGACGCUGACAUCAUCGACAACAGGAACAAGAGCCUUGCGCGAGAGUUCAACAAUCACCAACUAUUCAUCACACUUGAGGAAUCUGAAUGGUAACGACAACGGCAACGAUAACGAUAAUCGCUCUGAAUCCUCCAACACUUUCACCACCGGGGAAUUGAUCAAGCCCGAUGACAACGUGAAUUUAAUGCUGUCGUCGGCAACAAUCAACUACAAUCACGCUCUCAAGUACGCAAAAAAUCAAAAUCUGAACCAGAACCAUCUGACGCUGAAUCAAAACCAUCGACAGAAUCUGAAUCUGCUCCAUCAGAACUUAAAUCAAAAUCAGGAUAAUCUCAAUCAGAGGAGCGCUCCCGGCAGUUUCGUUCCCGGAAGACCCACUGAAACACUUUAUAAUAACUUGAAUCAAUUGAACAAUAGGAGUUUCAGACACGGCACCAAAACGGAUGCAACAAGGACUCAGAAUCUCAUUGGCAACAAUGGGAAUGACUACGUCAACAAAGAAGAUACAACGGCGACAGCCAUGCAGGAAGUUUUUGAAGGAAACUUGAAUGUGCUGGUGGCAGAGGAGGAAAGCACACAAAUAGGGCAGAGAAUUAUUACGCCUGUUUCAAACAUAUCGGAAAGACUUUCAAGGAAUCGUACAGAAUUCGAAUUGGACUCAUCCACCAAAGAUUGUGAUAGCGAAGUGGAGCAUGAAUCGGGGGCGACAAAUGAAAAUGAGGAUGAUAUCCUUCCGAGCACAGAAGAAAAACUCCAAAAUAUCGCCAUCAUAGAACCGAAUUCGGAAGGAGUUGAAUACGAUGACGAAGAAUUCGAGGAAGAUGAGGUCAAGGUUUCCGAAAACCGUAUCCGCCCAAGCUCCAACAAAAUCGACAACACAAACGUGAACGACCAAACUGAAAAUCGUCCUGUUGGCAGUAGUAGCGGUGACAUUAAAAAUCCCGAACCUACCCCCAGCAAUUCACUGAACAAACAUUCGUGCCGGAGCCAAACAACAAAUUCCACAAAAACUAACAUCACAACAGGUGCUCCGAGCACGGAAAAUUUGAAUUUGAACAGCAUCCGCUUGGGAGGGUUGGGCGAAGGACAAAAUGACAUUUCGGUCGAGUUGACUCGUGAGAAUUUCACCAAGCUGGAUCUAGAUAAAAAUUUGCAAGAACAACAGCAGCAACAUCAGCAUCAACAGUCGGUACAGCUGCAGGACCGACAUCGAGAACAUUAUAACCAUCCACGUGCCACUUGUCCCAGGAGCAGCUAUCAACGUCAUCAGGAGAAUUCUUUAUCGUCGAAUUCGGCUGAAUCUAGUCCUGAUGAUAGUCUUAUGGAUGACGAAGAUGCCUUCUCUGAAACACCAUCGACAUGUACAUCCUUGGAUUCACCCGAGCCAGGACACUAUCCCCGAGGAAUUAUAAAUCCAAAUUAUCCAGGAUUUCAACAUUUAGCCCAUACCCUCUCGGAGCACUUUGUCAAUCAUCAUUUGGAUCAGGACGACAGUGAUUUAUCUGAAUUUGAAGUGGAAUUGAGUGUAGAAAGUUUAGAUGAAAGUUUUGCAAGCUAUCACCAUAAUAACAAUAUGAUAGACAGCACUCCGAACAAUAACAAUGAUAACGAGCACGACAAGCGGGAGGAUGAGGACAGAAGUAGUAAGUCUGCGAUGGAUACUUCACAGGACAGUAUCCAGGAUUAUCAUGAUCACGUGAACUAUAAUACGAGCACGGAUGAUAUGAAAGAUACUCGCCUGAGCAAGGAGCUUAACCUUCCAGAGAUUCAAAUUUAUGAAACCGACACCAAACGUCAGAGUUCAAAAAAGGAUAACCAUCUAACGAAAGAGAACUGCACCCUGCUACAGGACAAGACCAUCUCCUCGACCAUGAUGGUCUUAGAGGAGCUAGCCUGCGACCUGGAUACUUAUCUGAAAAAGUUUGAAACUGUAACUGACAUCAAAACACUCCAUAGUCCUGCUCUCAUUGAGGAUGCCACUCGAAACUGUCCCACUCCCGAUAUCCUUAUAAAGAACGACAAGAAAAGCUGUCGAAAGAAACCAUCCCCUACGUCGACAUCAUCUGAAAAUCGACCCGAUCUACUUCGAAAUGUUAGUCCAAACUCGGACUGUUACUUGUCCGACGAGAAGAAACUAAGGAUAGCGGUACCUGAUACUAUUCAGAUAGAAUCAAAACGGCAGGUUACCGACAAACAGGAUGAAUUGAAUUCGUAUAGUAUUACCCCGGUGGAUAUUGUUGGGGACUUUGGUCGGGAAGUGGAGCAUGAGUUUGGCCUGAUUGUGUCCGGAUAUAAUUCAAUUGGAAGGUUUUGCGGCGACGAAUCAAUUGCCAAGGAUAUGAGCAACACUUUUGAUAAGAUGACUGAUGCUGCACUCUCGAACUGCAAAGAGGAGAUUUCCGUUAGUUCUGAAAUUAGUCUAUCGACAAGAUCACUUCUCCAAGGCAUGACUACAUGUGAUUCCACCACAUGUGAUCUUGUAAAAACAUCGACACCAGCGGCAUCUCCACUUACAGAUGAUCCACAAAAGCGACCAUUAGAAAUCGCCAACCACGCAUGUAAACAAACGUUCAUGGAGCAAUCUGAGGAAUCGUUGCCACCAGCCUCCAAUGCCUCCACCCCGUCCACAUCGGGUUCUUCGCGAUCAUCUUUGAUACUAUCGCAAAAUUCCGAUCAGGCAAACGAUGAGCACAGAACGUCGACAGUUAAGCUCAUAAACGAAAAUAGCAACGAGAACAGCAUCUGCAAUGGACCAAUCGUUACAGCAACAACAACAACACCGCCGCCCACAAUACCAGCGAUAUCGGAAUCGGGAACGGAGUCUGAAGCGGCUCGAGUCGAUGCUAAUGAGAUCACUAAUGCCCCAACUAGCAGUACCAAUGCCUCGGAAAAGUUCAUACCAACGGCGAUAGUCAAGCCAAAGUACCAAAAGCCAUCGUACGACGAGCGGCAAUUACCUCCAAUCGGCCUGGCCUACUGUAGCGAUCAAGCAGGAUCGCGAGCCUGGUAUGAGCAAAAACCAGUCAAGGACGCGCAUCCACCCACAGCCACUGCUGCAGUCGUACCAACCACGAAUUCCGCCGCGCAUAGUAGUGAAUCGCGAUCGCGGAAAAUCCAUCAGCUUCCCGUGCAUAUUGAUCGUGAUCGGGAUCGUGAUCGUGAUCGUGAUCGAGCCGCCGGUAAAUAUCCUAAAAAAUCGAUCGGUCGUACGCUUUCCUCGGUCCUUGCGCGAACCGAGAGACUCGCGGGUAGUGGCCAGAAUCGCAAGGACUCUGGAUCCUCGACGGGCAGUUGUGUCGCGAUCGUGACGCCACGGAAAAAGGAUAAAAUGGAAAAUUAUACCAGUUUCGGGGGUGGUGUUGGGGAGAAGAGAGUGAUAGGUGGUAGUGCGGGUAGAAAUCUGAUUUAUGAGAAAAAUAAUAACAACAAUAAUAGUGUGAUCAAGUGCAGUAAGGGAAACAACAAUAGGAAGGAGCACGCCCUGAAUUCAGCCAGUUUCGAAAUUUACAGCAUCGAAACAGCCCUUCCAGUCAUCGACUUAGAAGCCAUUGAGAAUCAUCUGAAGAAAGCCAAAGAGGAGGAGCGAAAGAGACGAAAUGAUCGUGAAGAGAUUCGUCGACGAUUGGCGAUGGGCGCUGAGGAUGACUAUUUUAGUAAAAUUGUCAACCAGGAUCGACCCGGCAGGAAACCAAGUUUACAGUCCAGAUUGCAAAAUGGAAUGAAUCUUCAAAUAUGCUUCAUGAACGAAGCAUCCUCUGAUACAGAAAGUCCCAGUUCGGAUUCUGAAACAUGUCCGAAACUAUCAAAGUCGACAAGUAACUCCAGCAAUAUGUCACGUUACAGUAGCUCAUCGUCCGCCCAUAAUCCGUACCAUUCACGACCACUCUCAGUAAAUAUUGUCAAUAAUAACAUCAACACGAUUACUAACAACAAUCACACAAUGGCUAAUAAUAAAAAAUUCAAUAAUCAGAUGAAUCGUCCGUCGACCCUAUCCUUGGGACCACCUGUAAGUGAUGAAGAUGCUGAAGCGGAUUUUUUCACGAAACAGGCAAGACUACAGAUUGAAGCUAGAAUGGCAUUGGCACAAGCAAAAGAUAUGGCGCAUAUGCAAAUGGAGAUCGAGCGUCAAAAACAAAAAGUAUCACCAAUAACCGAAGUCAUACGUAGCUCAAUGGAAAAAGUUGGUGUCCCAUUCCCGCCUGAAAAACGUCGUGUAUCCCGACAAAUGCUUACAGAUAUGAACAUCGCUCAGCUACAGAUUAUCGUGAAUGACCUUCACACCCAAAUCGAACGUCUCAACGAACAACUCGUCCAAUUCCUAAUGGAACGUGAUGACCUACAUAUGGGACAGGAUUCAAUGCUAGUUGACAUUGAGGAUUUGACACGAUACCUAGGAGCCAAGGAACAGUCGAAAUUGAAUGAGAAAACCUCGUCUACUACUACUGAAACACCAAGUGAUUUUACAAAUCAAAAUCAACAAACAACCACCAUCAACAACUCAACAGCCAAUCAACAGAAUGGCGGUGUGCAAUCACAAAGUAAAUUUCUAAGGAUAGCGAAUCUAGUCAAGAAAUAAAAAUUUAAAAUGGUGACAAGAAGGCACUUGCUAUGAUUGUAUAAAAAAAAAAGCAGUUAUUAUGAUGAUCUUAAAUAGGAAUAUGAUAAUUAGUAGAUAUUUUGAAAUAAAAAUCACUCCUCUCUGUAAUUUUAUAAUAUUUUGCGUUUAUCCUUUGUUUAUUGUUGCUUAUCUUCUCUUUUUGUUGAUAUUUUUUUAACUUGGUAUUGUCCUUAUGCGUAGAUAUUAUAUAAUUAUUAAAUAGAUUUAGGAAACGAUGUAAUAUAUUUUUUCCAAAUUUUACAUGGUUCAAAAAAGUAUUUAAAUAAAUAUUUCAAUUUAAUUCUGCGGCAUCAAAUUUAUUUGGCUUGAUAAAAACCAUUUACAUUGACGCUUCUGCGAAUUAUUCAACAGGUUCCGUGGUUUUUAUAUAAUUUUAAACUAUUUUUUAUUGAAUUUUCAAUUAUCUUUUCUCUUUUCAUUGAAUUUUCAAUUGUCUUUUAUCCAAAUAUACGUUGCUGGAUGAUCAUAUGAACCAACUGGAUUUCACUGUGAGCAUUCUUCAAAUCCAGUAUGAAAUUAAAGACUUAAAAAUUUCAGUGAAACUAAAUAUCAACAAAUAUGACCACCAGACCACAAAUAAUUAAAAUGGUUUUAUAUUGAAAAGUAUCAAAAUUUUUGGUAAGUUUAUUGAGUGUAUUAUUAGACAAGCUUUUCUACAACAAUUAACAAAAAAAAAUAAGAUAAACUAAAAAAUAACAUAAUAAACCAAUACAAAAUCUUUAACUCCACUUGCCUAUAGUCAUACCGCUGAAGAUAACUAACGAUAAAUGGUUCUCUGUUCGACUGUUCAAUUUAUUUAGUUAAAAGCUCUCCGUGGUGUAAUUAAUAGUAAUAAAAGCUCAAAUUUGAAUUAGUUGUUGUUACUUCCUCAGUCCACUACUCACAAAAUUGUCACUUUUUUCCAGAAAUAGUACUAUAUCCUUGAAUACUUAAAUAUUGUAAUAUUCCGACAUACAAUAUCAUAAACAUACCUCAUCAAUAACGGUAAGAAUAUAAACAAUUAUGAUUAUCAAAGAAUCAUAUCAUCCAAACUGUUUGGACCUGCCAGUACUUAGAAACCAACAAGUUUUGAAAACAAUAGUAGAGUAUUAGUCUUGGGCUUAGAUGAGGAUACAAUUUAUAGAUACUUUUUGAAAACGUAACAUUUCAUUGAAAUUUCUUUGUGGUUUUUGUUAAUUUUGUGGCACUUUUCAUACCGAAAUCAACUAACUCAUAAAGCUUGAACCUAAAUGAAACUCAGCUCGGGCAUUUAACAUUAAAUAGAACUCGCAAUUGAAUAUAAAAAGAUAAAUAAACAUCAUCUAUUAUUUUGUCUUGUAAAGACAGUGCUAAAUAAAACCUUCAAGCUUUUUCUGGAUAUGAUUUACAUUUCAUAUUUAGAAGAAAAAAGAUCCUUUUUCAUCCUUAAAGUAAAUUUAUAUUUUUGAAGGAAUUAAAUGGGUAUAAUAAGAAAACAAUGGAAAACUCGCAUGAAAAAAGAUUAUGAAUACUAAACUAAGAAAACGAGUCAAGUUAAACUAGAAAAUUUUUUCCGAAAAUUAACAAAAAUUAUACUAAAAUGCAUAAAACAAACUUUGUAAGAUAAAUUUGAAAUAGAUAAAAAACAAAACUAUAUUUAUCAUCAACAAAUUGAAUUGGUCACAGAAAAAGUGCUUAAAAUAUAAUUAACAGUUGCAAGUAACAUAAAAUGAAAUAUGAAAUUCCACAAUAUUCAUAAUCAAAUAACAAAUUGUUAAAUUCAAAUAAAAUGCGGAGUUUUGUUGGUCAUGUUAAUCUCUAGAGCCUUUCAAGUAAACAAACAUUAUUGAGUAUUUCAAGUAUAAUAUUAUAUUUAUUUCAAUUUUUUUUUUAUUAAAACUGAACGAGAAACAUUUAGAAGUUAAAAUUAAAGCAAACAAAAUUCGAAAAAAAAAAAAUAAUUAAAAAGUAAUCAUUACUUUUCUGCUUAUGAAAUUUAUUAAUUGAAAAAAUUGAUAUAAAAACUUUAAUGAAAGUUAAAAGAUUGAUCUUUCAUUGAGAGAAGAAAGAAAACACAGAAUCUGAAGAGAAAAGUAUGUAUUAAAUUGAUAUUAUAAGAAAAUAAAAUAUGAUAUUAAAAUAAU